CAUCGCAGCUGAAGAGGAAAAGUCAGCAGAUUGCUGGUGCCCAAUGACAGGGGACGGAAUGUUGCGCUACCAAAUUCCCGUCGGCCAAUAGAAUUAAGGGGCUCUUCUGGAAUAAAUGAAUAGGUAUUUUCACCGUUUCAAUCUCUUCGUCGUCGGAACUGAAGGCUGGUGCGACUGUAUGCGUGAUCAGAUGCGUGCGGCAGCGUUCAAUUCCUGAACAGAUUGGACUUCAUUAGAAUUAAAUUGGAGAGACUAAGCCGUUCCUGCCUUCUAAUUGAUACACUCCCCUAAGUGCUGCAAAGUGCUCCCAUCUUCCCAGCAAAGCUGCAGUAGCACCAGGAUCCCUGCAGGCGAGAGGUAUCCGUUCUGCACUGAUUGCGUUGGCACUGGGCAUAUUACUUAUACAGGUAUGGGAUCUGUUACCAGGAAUGCUUGGGACCUAGGGCUCUCCGCAUAAGGGGGCCUUUCUGUAAUUUGGAUCACCAAACCAUAAAAAAAGCCAUAAGGAAUAUUUUGCCACCAGCAUUGAGUUAUUGCCGAUUUAGUUGCCUUCAAGUACAAGACCCUACAAAAAUGACUUUCAGGGGCAGUCAGACUGUGUCAACAGUAAUGGAAAGUCCUUCCAUAAUACAGGAUGAAAUUGGGGCUGACAGAGUCAUGACAGAUGACAUAUUUGAUACUACAUACAUUAAGAAAGUGGAUUUUAAGCCACCCAUCAAACUGGUUUGGAGGAAUGUAAUCCUGAUGGCUCUGCUGCACUUUGGAGCAUUUUAUGGACUGUUUAUGAUACCUGCUGCAAAGCCCAUCACUUUGGCAUGGGCAAUUCUGUGCUUCAUGUUGAGUGCUCUUGGGGUGACAGCUGGUGCACAUCGUCUCUGGAGUCAUCGUUCCUAUAAGGCCAAACUUCCCCUUAGGAUAUUUUUGGCAGUUGUAAACUCUAUGGCUUUUCAGAAUGACAUUUAUGAAUGGGCACGAGAUCACCGUGUUCAUCACAAAUACUCUGAAACUGAUGCUGAUCCACAUAACGCUGUGAGAGGUUUCUUCUUUUCGCACAUUGGUUGGCUUCUCAUGCGCAAGCACCCCGAUGUCAUAGAAAAAGGGAAGAAGCUUGAUCUAAGUGAUCUCAAAGCAGAUAAAGUGGUCAUGUUCCAAAGGAGAAAUUAUAAGCUUUCUAUACUGGUGAUGUGUUUCAUACUCCCCACUGUGAUUCCAUGGUACUUCUGGGACGAGUCUUUCUCCGUUGCCUUCUAUGUUCCUUGUCUCUUACGUUACGCACUAGUGCUCAAUGCAACAUGGCUGGUGAAUAGCGCAGCUCAUAUGUAUGGAAACCGACCUUAUGACCAAACCAUCAAUCCCAGAGAGAACCCAUUAGUCGCUAUUGGAGCCAUAGGAGAAGGCUUUCAUAACUACCAUCACACAUUCCCUUUUGACUAUUCUACCAGUGAAUUUGGUCUAAAGUUCAACAUUACCACUGGCUUUAUUGACCUUAUGUGCCUGUUAGGCCUGGCUAAUGACUGCAAGAGGGUAUCCAAGGAGACCAUAAUGGCUCGAAAGAAGCGCACUGGUGACGGGAGCCACAGGAGUGGCUGAAGAGAAGGGAUUUUUAGUCAAAUAUUAACAAAAGGCUGAGAGGAGAUGUUAAUUGUGAUUAUUUUAAUACAACCCAGCACAGUGUUCUUUUUAAUUACUUAAAGUAAUUAUAACUCCAUGUUUAAUGGCUCAUCCCUUGUUCCAUUUGCCUUCCUUUACAUAUGUUGUUCUAAAAAACACAUGUUUAGUUUGCUUUUUUGGAUACUUUCUGUACUGUAUAGCUAUUUAUAUUGCUCUUCAUUUCUCAGCUGGUGAGUCGGUCUGUCACAAGACCCCCACCUUGUGUAAAUGUCUUAAGCACUGACCAAAACUCCAGCUCUCUCUUCAGAGGUAUUUGACUGUACUCAGGCUCUCUGAAACAGAAUGAAAUCUAAUAAGUGGACAACUUUCAAGUGCCAUUUUUAACAGUUUGUACAUAAAGGGAAAAAAGCAAAAGAAGUUUUUUUUUUUGGUUUGCGUAUUCAUAUGAUUUACUCUAACAAUUAAAAUAGAGUGCAUUUUAGGCAGUUUAUUUUCCAACUGGCAAUUUUUUGAGCCAUUGGUUGUACUAACACCGAUGAGAUGAGUUUGCAUUGACUGCAGUUGGGGGAAUUAAAACAGUUCAUAGUGACAAAGGCAGUGCUCUAUGUAUGUUGUAGCUUGUAGUUCUAUGGAUGGUAGAAAAUGCUUUCAAGGUGCCUACAGCUGCCUGAAAACAUUUUUCUGCCCACAGAAGAUAAAAUGCCCAAGCCACACAAAUAAAUAAAGCAUAUUCUGAUUCCAUUGGCUGUCACAUAAAACCUUGGUGGUUAUCAAGUCAGAUAUGACUUUUUGCUGCAGAACUUACUUGUCAUCCGCAGCUACCAGCCAGAAAUGUAGGUUUCAUAAUAGGGUAAAAAUGGGAAAAUUUCUGAGGGAAAAUACUGUGAACAAUACAUAUAUAUAUUCAUAAUAUGCAUGGUGUGUUCCCCCACCUGGUAUCAUAUUGUAGGUUAGGUGGAGGAAGUGCUAGUUUCUUUGACACAGUUCCCCACUGUAUGGGUUUGAUUGACUUUUUAUUUUAUUUUUUAUUUUGUGAACAAAUGACAGAAAGUGUAAAAGCUUAUGGAGCUGUGUUCUGGUUAUCAGAUCUACAUUUGGGCUUGAUAGAAAUGUAGUGUAUAUUAUAAAUCUAAAAAAAUCUGCAUUUAUUGGCCUGCAUUAUACUAGGAAUUGUAUAGUGGCCCUUUUUCAUAUGCCUGGAAUAUAUGUAUUGAGGCUUUAGUUACCCUUUCCGGCAUACAUGCACAAUUACUGUAAUGAUUUUUUACAUUAUUAGUAAAUGUGGCAUGGUCCCCUGUUUAUUUUAUUACUAAAUAUUUUUAAAUAGGCUUAUAGAUUUACACAGCUUUAUUUUUAUUUUGGACUCGUUGCCCCACACAUACUAUGUUUUGGUACCUGCAGCACAGGGUUAUAUGUAGGAACAAAGGAAUUGAACCUGACUUCCAGCUGCUGUCAGCUAAAAUUUCCUUCAAACUUUACUCUACCAAGGGAUUGUGGGAAUUGUAGUUAAACUCAGCUGGGGGUUACAGGUCACUGUGAGGAACAAAAGUAUAAGCGCCAUUGUAAAUGCUGCGACAUUGUUGCCUUUUGAUAUACUGUAGUCAUAUUUUAAUGUACUGUAAAUCUCUGUGUAUUUGAGGGAUAAUGUAAAUUGCACAAGUUUAUAUCCAAAAUGUUCCUUGGACUGGAAAACUGUGCAUAGGCAUCCUACAGCUUAGCCUAUUAUAUAUAUCAGGCAGUGUCUAUGUAAAUAAUGCUUAGCAAAGUCUGGUCAUGGCCAAUAUAAGUAAGAAAUACAGUGCAUGAAACAAACUAUUGCAGGUAUAGUCUUUGUAGAGUAUUUACUGAUGCAUACUCAUGUAGACUAAUUGAAGCUUUCGUCAUGAGUAACAUUUCUUUAUAAAGAGCUAAAUCGCCCUCAUUGCCUGCUGUACAAAUCAUAUGUAAGCGUUUGUACAAGUGUUUCUCCAAGCUCUUUGAAACAUUUGCCCACAUUUCCAAGCAAUGGUUAGUUAUAGGACAAAAGCUUGCAUGAGAAUUUUAGGAAAUUGCCUAGCAGACAAUGACAGCAAUUUGCCUUCCCCAUUCUACUAAAAAUGAGCACCAAAGUGUAGGGCAAAAUAAACCAAAGGGCAUUAGAAUUAAAUUAGGAGUUUAAUCAGUGGUUUCAGAUAUUUUGGCUGAUCUAAGCAAAGGGCGGGGUGGGGAUGGGUAUUAAAUGCAAAAACAGCCUCUUUAUAGUAUUUCCCUCAAAAUGAGCACUCUUGGAACCCCAUACCCUCACACCACAAUUUAGCUUUAUUUACUAGCAAUCCCCAGUCCUUUUGUUCCAGUUACUGAACAGCCAAUAUACUAUGGUUUCUUUUUAUUAAAUAUUAUGAUGUUUGGAUGUAACGAGUGAGUAAUGUUGUAAAUUGCUGUAAGAUAUUUAUAGAAUAAAAAUUUGGUUUGCACCGUUUUGAGGAGAAUUAGCAGUGAAAUAAAAUUGCCUUAAAGCUUAUAUUAAUUGAAUGGAUGGCCAAGAAUGGAAUCCAUUGUAUAACAGAGCAGCACUUACACUGCAUUCAGAGAACAAAAAAAGAUUGCAGUUCUUGGUUUUACUCACGUAGUUCCCCACUUGCUUUUAUAUUAUAUAUUUAAAUAUGAACGGAAGCACUUAGACAUUAAGCACUUAUUUGGAAUUUUGUUAGUUUAUAUUUGAAUGUGUAAACUUGAAUCAGUUAUUUGUAAUUGUUAAUUAUUUCUGUAUAUAAGCAGAAGUAAUUGGUAGUACUUUUCUGGCCAUGUAAUAUAUGGAAGGCUAAAAUACUCUUGUCAUAUCAAAAUUACCCAAAUGGAUCUGAAGGUGAUACCAUAAGCUAUGGCACACAGGAACUUUAAUACAAUAGGGAUUAUGGUAAAUAUCUUACUGUCUAUAGUCACAAGCCAAGGGCUAAUGACCAGAGGUGAUUUUGCCCAUUGCUAUAAAGGAAAUGCAGUGCUAUAGUCUUUAAUGGCCUAACGAAUACAUAAUGACUGCAAGCAGCAUACUAACUACCCAUCACUUCAUAUAUUUGAUAUUCUUUUCAGUAGAGCAGAGUUUAAUUAAGCAGUUUAACAAUGAUUGUACCUCGUCUUGGAUGUGUUGCAGUAAGUUCCCCAAGUUUAUCUACACUUGGCAUUUACUUUUUACAUAUUACAGUGCCAGGGCUCCCUGCUUCCCUAGCACAGCAUUGGAGCUUUGUGCAUUGCCCUGUUUUGCACAGAACCUGUGACGCUUGAUAGCUGGGAGUAUUAAAUCCUUGUUUAGUUAGCCCAUAACGGUAUCACUUUUGUAUCAUUGGCUGGAUUUUUCAUAUAGCAAGAGUGUUAAGCUUUUAAAUAUAUAUUAUAGGCCAUAAAUAUGAUUAUUUUAACCAAACAAUUGUGUUUUGUUAAAGUUAAAUGCCAAAUAAAGUAUAAACAGACAAA